UCCUCAACCGCAAGUGCUUCUUCUGUGCGUCAUCCCCUUCACCGCCACCCUAACAUUUUGUCUCUUCCACCACCGUCUCCGGCAUCGCUCUGCCACGCAUCUACCCAUCACUUCAGCAAUCGCAAGACUGCUCCGAACUGGGUUCUUCAGUCCGGAAGUGAUUUGAUGUCUCUCAGAUCUUACCAGUGAAUCGGCCCUCUCACCUUACUUCAGUACUUACUACCUGCUUUGGUAAUUUGGAUGGGGUGGAAGUCCCUGGGAUGGCAUUUUUGUUUUUGAUGGCCUUGCAUGAUUUCAAUGGCUCGAGUCUUGCCUUGAUGUUUGCCUCUGCCAUUCAUAAAGUUUAGUUUAUUAGUGCAUGGUUUCGGUGAAAUUGGAACCGGAGGCUCCACAAUGUAGUCUUGUUUCUAGAAAGAAAGCUUUGUCGGGACUUUUCUGUUUCUUUCUUUUGUUGCAGUGUGCUGGAAAAUCCUUACCAGUAGAAGCUUUAAGUCACCAGAAUAAGUUUAGGACAUCUCCAAACUAUUUUGUGCACAUAAGUGAUGAUCUUAGCAACAUCUCCAAAUUGCUUUUGCAAAAAGAUAUGGCAUCUGAAGCAACAUCUCAGUCAAAAGGGAAAGGCAAAGGGUAUUUCACUUGGACUCCUGAAAUGGAUCGUGUAAUGGGCACCUGUUUUAUUGACCAAAUGAACCAAGGAAACAAAUUGGAUGGUAAAUGUGCAUGGAAGACAGCAGCCUACACCGUAGUAAUGAAUGCUUUAUUCGAUAAGCUCAAUAUAUCUGUGACAAAGGCUAAUAUUUUAUCUCGUUUCAAGACAUGGGAGAAACACUAUGACAUCCUAUACCCACUGCUCCAGUCAUGUAACUCUGGGUCUGCGAUAAUAUGGGACUACUCUAGAGGUAGAAUUGUUGAAGGGUAUUGACUUACUUAUGAAUGACAGGACAAAGUAUGACACUUUUUCUGAUCUCGGAGAUGACUUAAAAAAGGAUUGGCUAUUGAUGCACAUUGGUAAUUGAUUUUUUUUUGGGUAAUCUCCAGUUGAAGUUGUUUUUGUAGAAGAAGUUGAGCUGAUUGCUGGAAGCCCAAGUAGAGCAAGUAAAAGUUGUUACUACUCCAUCGUGUAUCCAUGACUUUUUAAAUUCUGAUGAGUUCUUUUGUCAUUUUCUUGUCAUUUAUUUUUAAGAAAAUGAAGAACAUAUGGAACAAAUAGGAAAAGUUCUUGAUUGAUUUUCGCCGUCCUGCUUAGUUGAAUUCAUAAACUCUGCUAAGAAUGUCUGAGAUCUUUAUUUGUGAGUCAGUCCUGUGCCUUUGGAAGAAUAAACCUACUUGUGUGAGACGUAGCUUGCUGUUGAGAUGCUGAAAUUUGUUUGCAUUAUCCAUGGUAUUCACCAAUAUCUGAUGUUCUUCAUAUCUAGGUACUUAAGGUAUUGACUUAUGGACCAGCAUUCUAAGUGCUGGAUGUGUCAUACCAUGGAGCUUGCUGUAGGGUCUUUAGUUGGGGAGCAGAGCUGUAUGCUUUGGGGUCUUCCUUUUUUGUUGCUUCUGGAAAGUAAUUGAGAUUGUUUCCUUUGUCUGUCAAGUAAACUGA